CAACAACAAACAAGAUGAAAUAUAAAUGAAAUUUCUUAUUUUCGAACUUUGUGAUCUGUGAAUAAGCCCAGUGAAAACUAGAAUUUUCUUUUUAUGUGUGAUCAUUGCACUUGAUUUGUUGUAAUAAUAACCACACAUCCAAACGUGACCAAAUAAAAUAACACCGUUACUUAAGGGGUGUGUUGUAUUUUUCGUGUAAACGUCUUGCCAUAAUGCACUUGAACAUGCUAAGUUGUCAUCUCUCAUUGUUAUCAACACUCCUACUGACGUUCACUUUUCCAGUUCGUGUUUGUGGUUUAAAUACGGUCAUUUCUAAAGAUCUAAUUUGCCAAAUAAUCACUUCGAAUCAAUACACCUGCGAACGACAUUUAGUACGAACUGCGGAUGGCUAUGAACUGACACUUCAUCGUAUACCGCCCAAAAAUACCACACACAGCCAGCUGCAGCCACCCUUCAUUCUAAUGCACGGCCUCAUAGGCUCUGCUUCCGAUUUUUUGUUACCUGGUCGCAAACGCUCACUCGGUUGCAUACUGCAUGAGCAGGGCUAUGAUGUAUGGGUGCCGAAUUCGCGUGGUACGACUUACUCUAAACGACAUCUACACAUGGAUUCGUCAAAUGCGAGUUUUUGGGAUUACUCCUGGCAUGAGAUUGGUUAUUAUGAUUUGCCGGCUAUUGUGGAUUAUAUACUCGAGACAACGGGUCAUCAGCGCUUACACUAUGUAGCUCAUUCUCAAGGGUGCACGGUUUUCUUCGUCAUGCUCUCGGAGAAACCAGAAUAUAAUGAAAAAAUCGUUUCUGCUACUUUGUUGGCGCCUGUGGCAUUUCUGGCAAAUCUACGUAGUCCGCCCUUCAGAAUAAUGGCGGCGAAAAUUGAGGAGAUCGAGGUGCUUCUAAAUCAUUUGGGAUUAUACGAACUUUUUCCAUCGACCGCCCUAAAUCAACUGGGCGGACAUCUGCUAUGCAGCCAAGAUGCGCCCACACAGAAUCUCUGCCUUCUCUUUACCUUUCUCACGGUUGGUUUUAGUGACUUCGAAAUGGAUCGUAAACUCUUUCCUCGAAUUCUGGAGACCACUCCCGCGGGCAUAUCACGAAAGCAGUUUAAACAUUUCGGACAACUUAUAAGCUCAGGUAAUUUUCAAAAAUUUGAUUACCAAUCGAAGGAGGAAAACUUCCGUCAAUACAAUCGUCACACUCCCCCGGAAUAUAAUCUACGCAAUGUGCGAGUCCCAUUGCAGUUAUUUUUUGGCACACGUGAUUUACUUUUAGUCAAAGAGGAUGUUGUACGCCUUUUACAAAAGCUGAAGAAUACAAAAUAUGUUUUGCAUGAACUGCGCGGCUUCAACCACAUAGACAUGUUAUACUCCAAUAUGGCUCCGCGACUUAUUUACAAGCGCAUUGUGAAUGAUGUGAAAGAUUUUAAUUUGAAAAACUAGUUGUUGGCGCAGUAAAAAUUGAGCUUUAUAGGUUUGUAGUGUCACUUGGGAGUCCAAUGAAAUUGACGAAUCGAAUACACGCACAGUAUUGACAGAAAUUAAAGAACCCUCUCAUAGGUUUUGAAAAAGUCAAAAAUUACUCAAUGAAAAACUUGAUAUAUGGCUUAACUGUAACUACUCUUGCUUUCGUCACUUAAAAAUGCGUGUGUUUUGAGAAAUCAGCAGAAACACGUUAUCCGAUGCAUUUAAAAAUAAAAUUAUAAGUGAUUGGAAAAGCGGUAUAACGCGACUAAAAAAAAAUUUUUUUCAUAAGGAUUCUGUUUCUGUAAGCCACAAGAUAAGACAAAUUAGUAAUUGAAGCUGAUGUGAUCCUCCAGUCGCCAGACUUGAGUUUUGCAUACCUAACCUCAAUUGGACAGUUCAGAAAUUAAAUAAUUCUUACAAUAAUUA